GAAGAAGAAGGAAAAAGACGACGGGCAAUACGAGAAUGCGCGCGCCACCGUGACAGAUAGCCCGGUUUAUCUUCAUUCUGCGCACAGCUGCCCACGGCUUGCUGCCUUAUCUGGAGCUAAUCUGUGUCCAAACCGGCGGCUCCAUUCGUCGUCGAGGAGAGGAGAACGAUGGGGGCGCAAGACUUGUAGAUCGUGCGUUUCGAAGUUACGCACUUGGCGGACGUGUCGCGAGGAUCUGGUGCAAGCUUUUACAAAAAACGUGCAAACAUGCGUGCGCUUCCUCGUGCAAGUCAACCUGUUACUCCAUCAAGGGCACAUGUACCUGCCGCAACAGUGGCCGCCGGCAACGCAAAUAUUCCCGGUACUCGUGCACACCUAGCUCCUGGUGUGCGCAGCCCUGGAUCGAGAACCCCCAGACCGCGAACUCCUCUUCCGGCACCACGUGACAUGAGGACUAACUUCGAGCUGCCACUUCAACGUGGAGUCCGUGGUGAGAUGCCCUUUGCGGGCGCUGCGUCUCCAGCGGUUUACUCGACACCAGAAGAAACACAUCCGGUCCUCUUCAGUUCAGCAUCUCCUCUCGCGGCUGCAGAGGACCAUCCCGACCAUUUGCUGUACCUGAGUGUGAUGGAGAAAGGUCGCAAGAACCCGGAGUUUGUUAAUGCCAUGACUUACACAAGCAGGAUCGUCAUCGCCCUGCUGACCGUCGUUGCGACCACAGUACUAACCAUUAUCCUCCUUUUGCAUGCCACCGGAAGGCAGUCAACGAGCAAUACUAUGUCCUACAUGUUCCUCCUUGGUACCACCAAGAAUAUGGCUGCAAACCCAGGAAAUACGACGAGAAGUUGCGUCAACUGUAAUAGUGAGCCAUUCCGCUACGAACCGACGACGGAAAACACAAUUACCGACCUCACAAAGGCGGUAGAAACCGAAACCAGCACCGAUGAAGGUCUGACCAGGCCACAGCCGCAGGUCAAAGAGGGCAUAGACUGCUCCAACAACGUCCAUUUUGUUGCCUGCGACCCCAGAUGGUCCACUGCCGGUUACUACUACGACUCACAAUACAGGAAAUGCAAGCCACGAAAAUCUUUCGGGACAACUCCGUGCCUGAUGGAAACCAACGGAACCUUCCCUUCGCUGCAGGAAUGCCGGAUGACGUGCGACAACGCGGACCCCGGCGACAUCAACUGCGUAUCCAAGGUGGCACUGGGCGUCUGCAAGGCGAAAGACGUAAUCGUCUGGGACGAACUGUCUCAAAAGUGCAGGAAGUGGCAGGUCGCCGAAGGAUUCUGCACAAAGCCACAGCCAGACCACGAAUUCCAAAGCGUCGUCGAGUGCGAAAAAAAUUGCAAGAUCCCGAACCUUGACACGCGAUGCAUUGCCCCUUCGAACGCCACCGGUCCUUGCCAACCUGACAACUUGACGCGUCGCUCUUAUUCCAUCCUCUGGCAGGAACGUUUCGUCUGCUUCACUGCCGCGAAGCACAGCUGCUUCAAAGGCAACAGCUUCCUGACGGAACGCCAAUGUCGCGAUGCUUGUGCGGGAGCUAAAAGUUGACGCGGACGAUUUCCUUCUUGCCCAAUAAUCGAUAUCUCUCCUUUUUUUUUUUUUUUUCGAAAACGUUCAUUCUAAACUGGUCGCUGAAAUAUGCAAAAUCUAUCCUCCCCUGCUGCAAAAUCUAUCGGCUGCUUUGUGCGUCGUAACCUUUGACUGCAGAUUUGCUCACUUUUUGAGUCUGCCAGUGACUCGACAUACCGAUAUCGACGAGCUUGGUGCAAGAAGCGUUUGCCAAUAAAUGCGAUGUACAGGCGU